AUGAAGGUGAAGGAGUUGCAGAAGAUGGUGAAUGUGGCCUGGUCGCCGGCCCAGCAGGUCCCAAUCAUGCUGGCCGCUGGUACGGCAGCCCAGCAGCUGGACGCUUCUUUCAGUACGGCGGCUUCCCUCGAGCUGUACUCGAUUAAUCUGGCCGAUCCCAGCUAUGAUCUGGAGCUUAAGGGCAGCCAACCGAGCACACACCGUUUUCACAAGCUGCUCUGGUCACCGUUGGCCGGUGCAGUAGCGGAAGCGGGAACAGAACCCAGCGGACUCAUUACCGGAGGUUGCGAGAGUGGUGUGCUGCAGGUGUAUAACGUGGCACAGCUGUUGGCCGGACAGAACGCACUCGUGGCACAGCAGGAAAAGCAUCAGGGUGCGGUCCGGAGUCUCGACUACAACCCGUUCCAGCACAACCUGGUGGCGAGCGGUGCAUCCGAGUCAGAAAUCUUCAUCUGGGAUCUGAACAACACGGCCGUUCCAAUGAGCCCCGGUGCGAAGGUGACACCGCACGAGGACGUGCAGGGGCUGGCAUGGAAUCGGCAGGUGCAGCACAUUCUCGCAUCGGUCUUCCCGUCCCGGUGUGUGAUUUGGGAUCUGCGAAAGAAUGAACCGAUCAUAAAGUUAAGUGACACGCAGUCGCGGAUCCGCUGGAGGGUUGCCCAGUGGCAUCCGGAUGUGGCCACCCAGCUAUGGCUUGCCAGCGAGGAAGAUCAAUCGCCGACGGUACAGCUGUGGGAUUUGCGGUACGCUACGGCACCGGCCAAAAGCUUCCAGAUCCACCAGCGAGGCGUGCUGGGCUUGACCUGGUGCCCGAAGGACCACGAUCUGGUGGCAUCGUGCGGGAAGGAUAAUCGGAUUAUCUGCUGGAACCAAAACACGGAGGAUCCGAACGGAGAGGUGUUGUCGGAGCUGGCCACGACCAACCAGUGGAACUUUGAUGUUGCAUGGUGCCCGCGGAAUCCGGCCCUCAUUGCCGGUUCGAGCUUCGACGGGAAUGUUACCAUCUACUCAAUCCACGGCGGAGUACAUCAGCAGGUGCAAACGAGCAACAAGAUUGCUGACUCCUUCCCGGGUAUGGAAAACAUUGGCCACGAACCGUCUCAGUCGGUUCCGGUACAAUCGCAGGGAGUUAGUAACGAUCUGAAGCGUCCUCCGCGCUGGAUGCGAAGGCCUUCUGGAGCGUGCUUUGGGUUUGGUGGAAAGUUGGUUACCUUUAACGGGAACAGUCGCACGGUCACGGUGAAUCAGGUCGUUACCGAUCCGGAGCUAAUGGAACGAUCGAACCAACUCGAACGGGUGCUAAAUGAGGGCAACUUUGUCGAAUACUGUCGCCAGAAGGCAGAUCAAACGACCGAUCAGCACUCCACCUUCAUGUGGUACUUCCUUAAGGCAAACUUUGAAAACGAUCCUCACGCUGAAAUGCUCAACCUGCUCGGAUAUCAAUCGGAUGAUAUGGCGAACAAGUUCAAGAAGUACGUCGUCGAGGGACCGAAGAAUGAGGAUGCGAAUGCGGUAGAUGGACUCAGCGAUCAGAUGGCCGGUCUAAGCCGGAAUAAUUCAACCGAAACGGAAACCAGUACGGACGAAAGUACUGAUCUAUCGAUCACGGAUAACAAUGCGGUGUUCGACGCGAUCGCCGCCGGUGGCAAACAGUCCGACUCAGAAAAAACCUCCACCGCCAAACAGAACGGAACCGGCGGUGAGAUUCCGUACAAAAUACGGACCGGUCAGGAUAAGGAGGGAUUAAUCUGUGAAGCACUGCUCACCGGAAAUCUGGAGGCGGCGAUCGAGUUGUGCAUGCAGACCGGCAAGACGAGCGAAGCGUUGAUACUGGCCAUGAACAGUGGUUCCGAUUUGUUGGCCAAGGUGCAAUAUCGCUAUCUGCACGACAAUGAAAACUAUCUGUCGAACUUAAUCUCCGCGUUAGUGUUGUGCGACUGGACCGGUGUCGUGUCGCAGUGUACGAUCGACUCGUGGAAGGAAGCGCUAGUGGCAGCCAUCACACACUGCAAGCACCAAAUGCCGUUGCUUUGCGAGCGUUUGGGCGAACGGCUUCAGAGGGAAGCUGGCAGCAAUGUGGAGCUGGCACGGAAUGCAAUUUUGUGCUACAUUUGCGCCGGAAGUACCGAACGAUUGGUGGAAGCGUGGCCACUGUCCAAGGGUACACAGCCGGCAGGGGGUGAUUUUGGCGGAGAGGAAGAGCUUGAUAAAAAUAAUAACAGCAAUCGGGACCUUCAAGAGCUGGUGGAGGUGUCGAUGCUGCUGCAGAAGGCGCUGGAGAAACAGGGACGUUCGACUCCGGCCGUUGGAAAGUUGGCCGAUCUGUUGUCCCAGUAUGCGAGCUUGCUGGCUGCCCAAGGAUCGCUUUCAUCCGCGUUAACCUAUCUGGGCAACUCAACCGAUCCGGAGAUGGAGGAGUUGCGCGACCGUCUCUAUUAUGCGCUGGGACACAAAACUUACACGCCGGUGGGUACCGCAAGGCCCACCCAGUACGCGUUGCAGCAGCAACCGCCCUUCAAUCCGAUGUUCCCCACGAUUGGUCAAGCGGCGAAGAUGAAGUCAUACGGGCAGUCGGUACAAUCGGCACCGGUUCCAACGCUCAACACUGCUUCCACCAUGGCCCAGCAACCUAGCUGGUCGACCUCUCCCUUCCAACAGCCACCGAUGGGAAUGCCACCAGUAACGAAUCCGGUUGCUCCGCCACCCUUGGCCGCAAAGCCCCCGGUGGGUCCGCCGCCGGUCGCCACCAACAACGAUCUUUCCCAACCUCCUCGUCCAUCAAGCGUUAGCUCCCAAUCGGGUGGCAGCACGCUGAGCCGGGCUAAGUACGUUCUGGACCCUUCGGUUACAUCCGGUUCGAACUAUGGACAACAAAGCUCGAACUUUUACAACCCCAUGGCCUACCAGCAGCAGCCGAACGUACCGGCUGGAGGAGUGAUCAAUCAGCCACCCCAGCAGCAACCGAGCUUCUACAAUCCGGCGAAUGCACCGGGUCAGACAAACAAUUUCAAACCGUUCACACCGGCACCGCUUGUGCAGGCUUCUCCAUACAUUCCCGGCAUUUCACCGCUGGAUGUCAGCCAGCAACAACAACAGCAGUCCGGUAUGGGAUAUCCGCCACCACCACCGCAAGCUGCCGCACCACCCAUGGGCAAUGUUCAGCGAAAUCCAACGCCACCACCAGGUUGGAACGAUCCACCGGCACUGAAAACUACCAGCAGGCCUCAAUAUUGCGAACAGUACGAAAUGUCCGCCGUCCAUGCAGGCACCCGACGAUGGCGCCGCAUAAUCGAUUCACACGCGAACGAUCAUUCGAAUCGCUCUUCGCCACAGCCGAAGGUGGAACCGAAUGUUAUGGCCCCGAUCACGUCACCUCUUCCGGCUGGUUUGGCACCGUCGAACGGCUACCCGGACCCGAACAGUAACUACAUGCAGGGAAAUGCUGGCCAGCAAGGUUACAUGGCGCCACAGCCAACGAUGUACAAUCCGACGAUGGGCGGUGGGGCACCGCCGAACGCAGCCGGACUUACGCCACAGUCAAACACGAUCAAUUAUCAAAACUUCCAGCAAACGCUACCGACGGCAUAUCAACCGACCGGUCCGGCACCGGGACAGGGUGGCAUGUACUAUCCGGGCCAGCAAACGGUGGGACAACCGGUGGAUGGAUCGCAACCGGCAAUGCAACCAGCGGCACCGGAACCACCGAAGCAGAAGCCACCACUACCGGAGCAGUACGUCUUUAUGCAGACAGUAUUUGAGGAGCUGAAGAAGCAGUGUGUAGCAUCGGCGGGAAAUCCGCAAACGAAACGAAAGCUGGAAGAUGUCUCGAAAAGGCUAGAAAUGUUGUACGAUUUAUUGCGAGAGAAUAGGCUCUCACAAAACACGCUCAACUCACUGAACCAGCUGGUGGCCCUGAUUCAGGCCGGCGAUUACGCCAACGGUAUCGGGCUCCACACACAGAUGGUAUCCGGGCCGGACUUUUCCCAGAUCGCUAGCUUCAUGCCGGGCAUUAAGGUGUUGCUACAGUCCGCAAUGCAGCUGCAGGUGUACCUCCGAUAG